ACGGGACCUCGGUUUUCAUAGUUAAUACGAGUAAUCAAAUUAUCAAAAACGCUAUUUGAAAUCCAAAAAUAUUUGCCCGCCAAUUUAAUUAUUUCCUCCCACUAUCACUCAAUCAAACACCUCUCCAAAAUAUUCAGCAAGCUUUUUCGUUUUCCACCCCUUAAUUUCUUCCUCCAAUUCAAAUUUUCCGAAUCUUCUGCAAACAACAAUGGCUUCUUCUUCUGUUAAAGUAAUCAUCGACGACGAUGAAGAGGAUUUCGAUUGGGAAGCAGCAGUUCGAGAAAUCGAUGUUGCAUGUCAGAGUAACGCCGCUAAAACCCUAGAAACGCCGCCUCCUCCUCAACCCUCCAAUGUUACUUUUGGCGGCAAUAAUUUAUGGAAGAAUCACCAAUUUAACAAAGUUCAGAAUAAUUCCCGUCAAUUAACGCUUGAUAGAUUUAUUAGUAAUGGGUCUUCGAAAUCGGGUGUCGAGAAUGAAAUUGAAUGUCGAGUUGAAGAUGAGCAAAUUAGGGUUCAGGAAAGGGCGUGUUAUGUUGAUGUUGAUCUUGAGGCUGCUAAAACUUGGAUUUACCCAGAUAAUGUUCCUCGUCGUGAGUAUCAACUUGAGAUAGCCAGGACAGCUUUAUUUUCAAACACAUUAUCUAAUUUAUUAUGCAUAGCUGCUGUUGUUAUGCAUAACUACUUUAGAUGGUUCCCUGAAGGUAAGAUAGUUUAUGCUGCUCCUUCGAGACCCUUGGUUAUGCAACAAAUAGAAGCCUGCCAUAAUAUUGUCGGUAUACCACAAGAAUGGACAAUUGAUAUGACAGGUCUAAUAAGUCCCCCCAAAAGAGCAUCCUUGUGGAAAGCUAAACGUGUAUUUUUUGUCACACCCCAAGUGCUUGAAAAAGAUAUCCAGUCAGGGGCUUGUCUUAUGAAAUCGCUGGUGUGCUUAGUGAUCGACGAGGCUCAUCGUGCUAUGGGGAACUACUCUUACUGUGUGUCUGUUCGCGAGUUGAUGGCAGUUCCUGCUGAGAUAAGAAUAUUAGCUUUGACUGCUACCCCUGGCUCAAAGAAGGAAACUAUUCAGCAGGUAAUUGAUAACCUGCAAAUAUCUACGCUUGAAUAUCGCAAUGAAAGUGAUGCUGAUGUAUGCCCUUACGUGCACCAUAGGAAGCUUGAACUAAUUGAGGUUCCAAUGGGAAAGGAUGCUGAUGAGAUACAUAAUCUUCUCGUGGAGGUUAUACGGCCACUUGCUGCCAGGCUUUGUGCAAUGGGAGUGCUACCAGGCAGGGACUUCCAAACUUUGAGCCCUUGUGAUUUGCUGAAUUCAAGGGAUAAAUUUCGACAAGCACCCCCGCCAGAACUUCCGCAAGUGAAGUAUAGUGAAGUAGAAGGUUACUUUGGUAUCCUUAUUACACUCUACCACAUACGCAAGCUACUCUCUAGCCAUGGAAUAAGACCAGCACACGAGAUGCUUGAAGAAAAGCUGCGACAAGGGUAAUUUGCAAGACAUAUGAGUAGAAAUGAAGCCAUUCAGAGUGCAAAGCUUUUAAUGCAGAAGAGUCUGUCUCAUGGUGCCCCCAGCCCAAAAUUGUCGAAAAUGAUAGAAAUUUUAGAAAUUCAUUUCACAACAAAUGAUCCAGCAAAAUCAAGGGUAAUCAUUUUUUCAAAUUUUAGGGGGAGUGUCAGGGACAUAUUAGAUUCAUUAGCCCAUGUUGGUUCAGUCAAAGCAACUCAAUUUAUUGGUCAAAGUUCAGGAAAAACAUUGAAAGGCCAGUCGCAAAAGGUUCAACAGGCAGUUCUUGAGAAAUUCCGCUUGGGUGGAUUCAAUGUUAUUGUUGCCACAUCAAUUGGUGAAGAGGGGCUUGAUAUUAUGGAAGUUGAUCUUGUGAUAUGUUUUGAUGCUAAUAUAUCUCCUUUGAGGAUGAUUCAGCGGAUGGGAAGAACAGGAAGGAAACAUGAUGGUCGAGUUGUUGUAUUAGCUUGUGAGGGUACUGAACUAAAAGGUUACAAGCGGAAACUAGCAACUGGUAAGACAGUUGGGAAGCACAUGCGAAAUGGGGGCAUGAAUAGUUUCACUUUUCAUUGCAGCCCAAGGAUGCUUCCUCAUCAUCUGAAACCAGAACUGCAAUUUGUAGAACUAUCAAUUGAAAAAUUUAUUCGUCCGGUGAAAAAGGUUAAAGUUGAUUCCCCCCAACAACCAAAGUUCAGGGAAAGGCUCACUGAAGCUGAAUCUGCAUUGUUAGGAAAAUACUUUUUGUCUAAUGAGGCAAUAAAACCAUCUCUAGUUGCCUUUCCUUUUUUCCAGACGUGUCCCUCCAGGGUGCACAGAAUAAUGCAUUCAUCUCGAACCGGAUGGCUCAUUGAUGCAAUGCAGCUUCUUCGAGGGUUGCCAUCCGAUACUGGCGAAAAUUUUGGGCUUGAUUUUUCGAGGAGUACUCGAUCCUUGAUAACUGGGAGCGUUGAAAAACAUACCAAAAACGGAAGAGGAAAACAUUGGCAAUUGAUGAAAACAAACUCUUGUGCAGAUAUACUUGAUCCUGUAGAUAAUUCUGCUGCACUGAAAGAAAAAUCCAACUCUGAGGUCUCUUCAUUUGGCCCUUCAAUGGCUGAGGAGAAGCACAUGCUCAAUUCUCCUGAUAGAUUACUGGAAAUUGCAGUCCCACUUCCAGCUAUUUUUCCGUCUAACAAACUUACAAUGCUGGAUUCUUCCGCUCAAGAUGUAUGUGAAGCUCAUUCAAGAGUUGGGUCUCACUUACCAGCUGGUGACAAGAAUUUUGACGCAGCUGAAGUGGAUGCAAUAACUGUCCAUACCCCACCUGAUGACCAGAUUUGUGCAGAUGAAAGUAUUGGAUGUGAGACUGCUGAUGCAACUGAACCCAAAUCCCCAGCUACGCCGGCUGCAGAAUGUGACUUAGAUAACGCAUACUCUGAUUUCAGUCCUCGUCUAACCAGUUUUAUUGAAAGUGGUGUUGUUCCAGAGUCUCCUUUGAGUGAUGCUGGAGAAGGUAUAGUAUCUAAGAAAGAGAACGACGUUGUAGACUGGCACAGUGGUGAAGAGAAAGAUGAAAGUCAUGUCCAAGAUCCGGUAUUAUCUCCUAAAGCUCGUGGAAAUUUGUUAACUAUUGCUAGUAAAGAGAUUACUGUUGCCUCAUCACCUCAGACAAGAGAGGUCAGACCUGUUGGAAGUGAAAUGUCAUUGGGACUACCUGAUGGUCUCUUGAAAUUGGGAGGCACCUUUCAACCCCCAUCUUCUCCAGAAUUUCAAACUCCUUUGCGAAAUAUAACAAAUAGCACCUGUGCAGAAAUUGGGUGUAGGAGUUCUGGAAAACAGUCAGGAUCCAGUGAACGUCCUUUUAGAUUAAAAAGAUUGCGCAGGAUUGGGGAUUUUGCCAAAGAGAAAAAACAAAAUAGUGUGAAAGAAAAGCCAACUCACUCCUCUGUGGAAGUUGCAUUUAAAGUUACUGAUGAUCAUCAUAAGACUGUCAGGCAUAACAAAGGUGAAGGUAUUGUAGUAUCUAAGAAAGAGGAUGAUGUUGUAGACUGUCACAGUGAUGAAGAGAAAGAUGAAAAUCGUGUCCCAGAGCCGGUAUCAUAUCCCAAAGCUUGUGGAAAUUUGUUAACUAUUGCUAGUAAAGAGAUUACUGUUAGCUCUUCCCCUCAGACAAGAGAGGUCAGACCUCCUGUUGGGAAUGAAAUGCCAUUGGGACUACCUGAUGGUCUCUUGAAAUUGGGAGGCACCUUUCAGCCCCCAUCUUCCCCAGAAUUUCGAACUCCUUUGCGAAAUAUAACAAAUAGCAGUUGUGACGAAGAUUGGCAUAUGAGUUCUGGAAAAGAGUCUGGGUCCAGUGAACGUCCUUUUAGAUUGAAAAGGUUGCGUAGGAUUGGGGAUUUUGUCAAAGAGAAGCAACAAAUUAGUGUAAAAGAAAAGUCAACUCGCUCCUCUACAGAAGUUGCAUUUAAAGUCACUGAUGAUCUUCAUAAGACCAGGCAUAACAAAGUGAAAAAACCAUUUGAAGAUGCCAGAGACUUCAUUGAUGAAGAAGCUGAGGUGUCCUCGGAAGAUGCGGUACCAGAUUCAGAAGAUGAGGUUAAUAAUGAAGAUAGCGAUGCUUAUGAAGAGAGUUUUAUAGAUGACCAAACUGAUCCAGCAGUUGGUAGUGGUCAAACAGAAGAUAGUAAAAUGGAUAUGAUGGCAAUUUACAGGCGUUCCCUACUCACUCAAUCACCAUUUCAAGAACAGCAGAGACAUUCUAGUGUAGUAACUCCAGAGUCUCUGCCUUCUGCUACCACAAUGACAGAAGUUGGAGAAUCCUUUGGGAAGACUUGCACUCUACAAACUCCUCAAGGCUGUUUGAAAUCUCCAAAUAUAUCUACAAAGUACUCAGUAGGUUCUUGUUUGAAUUUGAUAGCAUGUGAAGAUAUAAAAAACAGCAGUAGCAACACUUUGGUAAAUGUGGCUAAUACUGAGAGUUUAAAAAGAAAAAUGAUUUCAAACAGAGCUUUUACUCUUCCUGCAAAGAACCUGGAGAAGGAGUUCUGCUCUGAUUCAGCACUUCCAAGCAGAGAAGCACCGUUAUCAUAUCAAUGCAAUGGUUUUGAUGCAGGAUGUGCUUCUUUCUUGGAUGAUCAAUUUUAUGAAGGCCUUGAUCUUGAUGAAUUGGAGGCCCAGGCAGCAAAACUUCUAAGUCAAAGAACAGGGUCAUCUGUGCAAAGAAGAAAAAUAUCCGAACCCUUGCCACAGGACUCUGCUCUUGUAAAUCCUCCAUCAUUUGAUCUUGGAAUCUCAUGAUUCUAUACAAAGUUCCAUUGUGUUACUGUUUUGUGAUUGGUUCAGUGCUGCUAGAAGCUUCCUUCUAAACAGAAAAGUUACAGAAAUAAGAAGACGUGUCAUAUCACCCUCCUAAACUCGGCUCCAACAUGAUGAGAUUCUUUGGCGUCAACAGACCAUCUUUAGUUGCUAAUGGUAUUACAUUUGUAUGAUAUAGUUGCAUUAACACGAGUUAAUUACUGUCUAGAUGCCCAAUGGCCUUCUAUUAAGUUAUGAAAAUGUAACUCUGUGUCUAUGUGAGAAAGUAAUUGUGUAUAUCCUACCUGUACAGUCGGUGAAGUUAAUACUAUAUUUUUUUUGUACUUGUGUUGAAAUUUUGAGGUGUAUUAUUUGAAUUGUGUUCUGGAAUAAAAAUGCUUGUCUUUCUCUA